AUGGCGCCCAGGAAGGGUAAAGAGUCCCUUUUGGACCUCUGUGGCAAAGCAACCACACUGGGAAACAGCAUAUCGGUUCGCAUGUUGGAGUACCUCAGCACUGUCAAGGAGCCUCCACAUGGGUUUCGUGAGCUGGCGACCAACUUCCUCGACAUCUGUCGCGUCCUGUGUUCGAUCGAAGCAGGUCUAUCCGAAGCUUCGCGGACACACAGUCAGUUCCCAAAUGACAUGCAACAGGAACUGGACAAGAAGUUUCGUCAGACCAACGAUGACUUCAUUGUCCUGAACCAGAUGCUUAUCAAGUUCUUGGAGUACGAGAGGAAGGGAAGCUUGGGAAAGCUCAAGAAAGGAUGGCACAUGAUGUUCGCCGACACAGAUAUCCACAAGAUGAAGGACUCGCUCGCCAGGAGCCGCGAUGCGCUGGGUAUGAGCGCAAUGGUAUUUAGAUGGUAUCUCGGCGACGCAAAGGCGGAUGCCUCUGUCGGUAUCGGAUACACUGGCCUCGCAGCUGUCCUCGAGCGCAUGAACCCGAGUAUCAAGCAAAGCUCGCCGACCGUUGUUAAGCCUGCUCUUCUACCUCCCGUUUCGGAGGGAGGCCAUCUUCUGCCACCACUACCGGCCAUUCCGCAGACGGAGAGAACGUCGGACUCCAACUUUAUGUCACCCUUCGGCGAGGAUCCUGAUAUCCUGACCGCGAUUCCUCAGAGACAAAGCUUCAGCAGGCCAGCGCCCAGUACCAGAUCCAGCAAAUUGACUGUCAAUUCCGCCACCAGGGACCUGCAAAUGAUGAGUAGUGAGAGCUCUCGAACCGAGGUUGCCGUUGAAGACCACCUCUCCGUCAAAACGGCGGAUUCAUUUGGUCAGAUUGAAGAUAUGAUACACGAGAUCGGACUGGACAAGAAUUCCACAAUUGCUCGCGUGAAAGCCGACCCUGCUACAGUCCCAAGAUGGACACCCAAGCAGACUUCUGGGGCCAACUCUGCUGCUCUCAAGUCGACCCUGUUGAAUGCUGUCCAACAGAAGAAGCACAAGAUGGUGGAGCAACUGCUUGAUUGUGGCGUCCCUCCUGACGGCGAGAACGGGGUCAACCUUCUCCGAGAAGCAGUCCUUCACCAAGAUGUUGAGACGGUCCGACUCUUGCUCCUCUUCGGAGCCGAUCCCAAUGGUCUCGACAAGAUCAAGUUCAGUCCCCUUCUGUCCGCAACAGAGCUGUCGUUCCUUGAUGCCGCAAAGUUGCUUCUGAAAUAUGGGGCAGAUCCUAAUCUUCCAGCUGGCCCUGAUGGAGAGUGCCCCCUCGCUAUGGCCGUCAUCGAAAACAAGCUCGAGUUCUUGCAACUCUAUCUCACGUACGGUGGAGACACCAAUCUGAACACCGCGGAUGGCAACACACUCCUCAUCAAGGCUAUCAAUAAGACCAAUCCGAAGAAGCUGGCGGAGCUUCUGGUCGACUACGGGAGCGACGUGAACGGCAAAAAUGGCGAGGGAGAGACGCCACUCUUCACUGCGAUCCAAGCGAAAAGAGUUGAUAUCAUGAUCUUUCUCCUCGAUCAUGGAGCGGACCCCAACUUGCCUGGCCCCAAGCACCUAUUGUGGCCUUCAACCUACCAACCGAGGGCGCUCCAGCUACUGCUCUCGCGGGGAGCAGAUUUCAAGAAGUGCCCGGGAAUUCUGGAACUCGCCACGAGCAUCAACAACCUGGAGUCGGUAACGAUCCUGCUGAAAGCGGGUGUUGACCCUAACGCUAAGAAAGACGGGGUUUACACACCCCUCUGUUCUGCCAUUCGUGAUAACCGCGGCGAGCUUGUUUCCCUUCUCCUCGCCAAUGGCGCCGAUGCAAACGUGAUGGCAUCGGAAUACCCGGCCUUCAAAUGUGUGACUCAUGACCGCACGCAUCUGCUUCCACAGCUUGUUGCUGCCGGCGCCAAUCUGCACAAGCCCAAAGGCAUCAUCGAGAAAGCCGUGGCACACAACAACAAAGACGCACUCAUGUACUUGCUCGACCAGCAUGUCAGCCCCAAUGACCGGGGCGCCGAAGGCUAUACACCCUUGACAACCGCAAUCCGUGACGACCGUGUUGAACUUGUCGACAUCCUUCUAGCUCACGGGGCCGACCCUGGGAUCAGAGGCCAGGACUGGCCCAUCUGUAUGGCAGUGAAGAGACCCGAGAUGCUUCGCAAGCUGCUGCCCUCGCUCUCGAAUCCAAGAGCUGUCAAGGGAGUGCUGGAGAUGGCAGUUGUUGCAAACCAGCUCGAGAGCAUCAAGUUGUUGCUGAAAGCCGGCGUCCACGUCGAGGACAAGAACGGCGGUGUCUUCUCCCCUCUGACAACGGCUAUUCGGGAGGACAGAAAAGAGAUUGUUCGGUUCCUCCUCGACGAAGCCGGUGCCGAUGUCAAUGCCCCCGGCGAGCAUCUACCCAUCAUCAAGGCCAUCCGCAGGUGCCGCAACGGGGACACCGACAUCAUUGAGAUGUUGCUGGCUCGGGGAGCCGAUAUCAAUCUCAUGUACCGUGGCUGGAACGCAGUGCUCCAGGCGGUGGAAAAUGGGGACGCCAAGGUUCUGAAGCUUCUCGUCGAGAGGGGUGGUGGCGUUGACCUGGAAGCUAAAGAUGAGUCAGGCAGGACAGUGAUGGAUAUUGUGAACGGGCGGGGCUGGGAUGAGGCGGUGAACAUCUUGCUUGGUCGUCGAGGCGGGAGUCCAUCCAGUGUUUGA